CUCACGUUGGCCUUUCUUGAUCACCAAACGCUACUUAAAUUGGAAAUUACCAAAACGAUUGAUCAUUCAACAAGUCUAUAUAAACUCCAAUGCCCAGUAUACCAAAAGCUCUCAGGUGAAAACAACUUGAGUACAUCUUCACCGGAUAUUACUAAUAUAUUCAAGGAGUAAUUGUCACACUAUCCAUGGCAUCAAAAUUGAUCAAAAUUGGCCUAACCUUGGGACUUGUGACCAUGCUCUGGGCAGGGGCCAUGGCUCAGUCGAGCUGCACCAGUGUGCUCAUUGGGAUGGCACCAUGCCUAAAUUUUGUGACAGGAAGCUCCCCAACCCCAACUGCUUCAUGCUGCUCUCAACUUGCUAGUGUGGUUCAGUCACAACCACAGUGCCUUUGUAUGAUACUAAAUGGUGGUGGUCAAUCACUUGGAGUUACUCUAAACGAGACCCUUGCUUUGGCGCUUCCCGGUGCUUGCAACGUCCAGACACCACCUGUUAGCAAAUGUGAUGCUGCUAAUGGACCUGCAUCAUCUCCUUUUGGUUCUCCAGUGGGUUCUCCAGAAGGGUCACCAGGUGACUCUACGGAGCCAAGUGGCUCAGAUACAACAGGAGGUACAUGUUAAUAUGGAAUGUACAGCUACAAGCUUCCAUUUCAU